GAUGGUGGGAGGGAGGGAAGUGGGGGGGGCCCGUUCCGAGUGAAGGACGGCAGCCGGGGGACGCAGACGACGGCGAUUGGGGGGCACAGGGAGCGAGGAAGCAGGGGACACCAAGGGGGUGCCGGGCAUCAAGGGCGGCGAGGGGGGGGACCAUGGCAGCUGCCGGGUGGAGCGGAGUGCUGCGACUCACGGACCUCGACGACUUCAUCGCCCCGUCUCAGGAGUGCGUGAAGCCCGUGGUGGUGGAGAAGACGCAGGGACGCGCCCUGGGGAAGAUCACCGUGGAGGAGGAUGGGGCCCUGAUGGAGACGGACGAGCAUGGGACGACGCGGCCACUGCAGAAGGCGAGCAUCACACUGGACGACUGCCUGGCGUGCAGCGGCUGCGUCACUACGGCCGAGAGCGUCCUCAUCCAGCAGCAGAGCCACGUCGAGAUGCUCCGCGUGCUCCGAGAAAACCAGGCCCUUGGAGAGGCGUCUCGCCGUCUCGUGGUGGUCUCCAUUUCCCCACAGGCGCGCGCCUCCCUGGCCGUGCACUAUAGCCUGGGCCUCCAGGAGACGGCCUCCCGCCUCACCGGGGCCCUCAAGGCGCUGGGCGUCCACCGUGUGUACGACACGACGUUCUCGCGUGACUUCAGCCUCCUCGAGAGUGGCCGCGAGUUUGUGGAGCGGUUCCGUCGCCGCGACAGCGACCCCGCAGCGCUGCCCAUGCUCGCGUCCGCCUGCCCAGGGUGGAUUUGCUACGCAGAGAAGACGCUGGGUUCGAUGGUGUUACCAUUCAUCAGCACUGUGCGGUCACCACAGCAGGUCAUGGGCUCCCUCGUCAAGGACCAUAUUGCCCAGCAGCAAGGCUGUGCACCUGGCCAAGUGUACCAUGUGACCGUGAUGCCGUGCUACGACAAGAAGCUGGAGGCGUCGCGCGAGGACUUCCACCUGCGGGAGUUCGACACCAGGGAGGUCGACUGCGUCAUCACGUCCGAGGAGGUGGUGCGUUUACUGGAGGACGAGGUGGGAGUCUCUCUGCGUGAAGCCGAACCCGCGCCUCUCGACACGGAGCUGAGCCUCGUGGAUGAGGGAGGGGCCGUGCUGGGCCACGAUGGGGGAGGCUCGGGGGGCUACCUGGAGCACGUGUUCCGCCACGCUGCCCAGGAGCUGUUCGGAACAACCGUCACCGACAUCACCUACAGGACCCUGCGGAACAAGGAUCUGCGGGAGGUGCUGCUGGAGAGCGACGGCCGCGUCCUCCUCCGUUUCGCCGCCGCCUACGGCUUCCGCAACAUCCAGAACCUGGUGCAGCGGCUCAAACGCGCCAAGUCCCCCUACGACUACGUCGAGGUCAUGGCCUGCCCCUCUGGCUGCUUGAACGGCGGGGGCCAGGUGCGCACGAAGGGGGUACAGGCCGGUGGGGUGGCGGCGGAGGAACUGCUGCGGCGCGUGGAAGAGGCGUACGCCAGCGCCGCGCCUGUGCCGCCGGGUUGCGGCGACGGUGCCGUCACAAGACUCUACCGCGAGUGGCUGGGGGACGAGGGCAGCGAGCGCGCCAAGGCGGCGCUGCACACAUCCUACCACGCUCUCGAAAAGCCGGCCAGCUCGCUCAACCUUAAGUGGUAGCCAGCGUGGUCGCGCGCCCACCUGCCCGCCCGCCCGCCUGCCCGCCCGCCUGCCCGCUCGCCAAUCGCUAAUCCGAAUGACUUGCUCAUUCAUUCGUUUUCAGACACGGGGGCUGGUGUCCGCUCGAUGCCGAUCUGUCGACCGACUGCUGCUGCUGCUCGUCAGGAGCUAGGCACCGUGUGUGCCCGCGAACUCACGAGUGCCAGGGAGGCCUCCAGUCUCUCUGGUGGGGUGCAAGUCACCCUUGAACUUUGUUACACGAACUACAGAUGCCACUGCACGUGAUGCUGUGUCGAGCACCACGUGCAGUGGCGUCUGCGCCGUGUUGGGUAAUUGAGUGACACUGGUAGGUCGGGGGUGAGGGUGGUUGUGGGGAGUGGCGUUACGGCUCACAGUGACGGAAGGAGGUGGACCAGCGUGCGCGAGCGGCUUGUGAGCUGAAUGUAACCGUUUAGUGACGGCUGACAUGUAAAUAUGAAUGUAUCUUUGGUACAGUCUAAUUUUCGAAUCUAUAUACACGCACGAAAUUGCAAUUCCUGAUACUUUACGGUGUACAAUAAAGAUUGGAGGUCAGCGUG